AUGAGCAGCGUUCAUAGUCAGACGAGUGAUGUGGUAGUGGAGGAUUCGAAAGGGCAGCUGAGGUCGGGGAAAACCAGUGGAAACGGCACAACAGCCACCCGGACGAUGUCAAAUAACAGUGGGAAGUCGACCAUCACGUUCGAGAAGCAGAAAGUCAAGUCGCGGGCUAGAACGCAGUCUGUCCAGAGUGUAUUGAGCUGCAUUUCGUUGCGCAGCAUGGUGGGAAACAACGAGGAAACUCUGGGUUCUUAUCCGCAUCACGGCUCCAGCAACAAUGGCCACAGUAAUAACAACCAUAAUAGCAACGGUGGCAGCAAUAAUGGUAGUAGUGGAAACAACGGUGGCGGUGUCGGCAAUGUGGGCGUCCCGGCUACGCAACAAAUUCAGUCCCCUGCCAUGGCAUCGGUGCAGAAAAGAGCCUCGCAUUCGUACUAUAAGGACGCGAUCGGGCAAAAACUACCGUUCACCGACGACAAACGGCGACAGCUUGAAAAUGAUGGUCAGAGGUUCGGCUCUCGUGCGAGUAAUACCAAACUUUCGAAGACGAACCUCAGGGAUCAUAACACCAGUACGGCUUCCAGCGGAUCUUCUAAUAGUGCCGAGAGGAUCUUGGAGUCCGAUGUGGAGAAUGAAGCCGAGCAGCAAAAGAGGCUGACGACUGAUGCCUUGCGUAGGCUGUCCAGUAUGAGAAAGAGUGCCACGGUGAACGGAAAUAGCAAUGGCAACGGAAAACUUCUCGGAAAUGGCACAAGGUCUGAGCCGCCAGAAGAGAAUAACGAAGUAGCCCAUAAUGCUUCUGAGCAACCCGUCAAUAGUACGUACUUUGAGCCUAAUCCUGUUUUCCGUGAUUCGUACAUCGGAGAAACUGAUCCGGAGACGUUGACACAUAUUCAAUUUGGCGGUAAGAAUAUAAUUAUGGACUCGUCUAUUCCAAACAAGAGGGCUUCCAUUGCCCCUGUGAGAAACGCACUUGAUAUGCUUCCUUCUACUUUGGGGGCAAACUCCAACGCAACCACCUCUGGGACCAAUACUUCUAAGUCGAAACGUCCUCCGAAACAACUGAACGCACCAAAAAAGCCUCUUUACACGCCUGCAGUCCUGCGUGAUAUCUCUGAGACUAAUAUUACAAAUGCCGAGCUGGGCUCGUCCGGACCGCCUUGCUUAACGUCGUACAAUUCGGGCGGACGUACAUCUCGCAGUAGUGUGAGAAGCGUGAGAUCCACAUCUUCGUCGAUCAUCUCUGACUACACCAAAAAGUUGACCUCCCUGUGGCAUAGGGACCAUACAUACGCCAGUGCUGCCGAAUUAAUACCACCAACCCGCAAUCACUGGAUAGCCGACAACAAAAGACAUUCUUGCCACUAUUGUCACCGGAUAUUUACUUUUUGGGAACGUAAACAUCAUUGUAGGCACUGUGGUGAUAUUUUUUGCACACAGCAUGUCAGGCAUUGGCUCUAUUUGGAUAGUGAUGCCAAAUUUGUCAUUGGUGGUGCUGGAGUUGGCGCUUUGUCAAAAAUUUGCGAUGGUUGCCUUCAAGAAUACGAUACUUUAGUGCGCGAGGGACCUUCCACUACCGGGAAUGUCAACCAGCAAAGUGACACGCCCAAGUCAGUCACUCCCGUCCCUAGAGCAGACGUCUCUCUGGCCCAGAAAAACCUGGUUGAGGAGGAAGGCAAGCGUGGGCGACUGGACAGCAUUGUUGGGAGUGUGCCUGCGGACUGGAAUUGGAGCAGUUUCUAA